CUCGCACCGAGUCCCCGCGAGCAGACCUCCCCUGAGCAAUAUCUCAAACGCUCAAUUGCAACUCGUGUCUGCAACGAAGCAUAGCUGCAUGUGUUUCCAGGACCACCCCUCUCCGGCGAAGACAGCAUGGACGACGUCAUGGUGCGACGCUGCAAACCUCGCGAAGCUUUCAAUUCAGAGAAGCCAGCUGCGGUGGCAUGCAAAGCACGCGGUACACAGCAAUUCGAUCCUUGUCUCAGCCAGUCGCCCUUCUAGAAGGCAAGCUCAAGAGUCGAGCUCACCAGGGCGACGCACGGUAGCGUUUGCCGCGUUGCUACCACGCUACGCUGUUUUACGCCAUGCCAGAAUCAACCGCGUCCCUGCCAGCUCAGCACGCUGCGUAGGGAGUCGUCGUCCACCAAUCAAUACCCUGGGAAUAUAGAGGCGUCUCGAAGAGGAAAUCAGAAAU